GCUCGUACGUACACAUUCGGGUUACGUUGCUCGUCGUAAACCGAGGACGCCAGCAUUUCAUCGUGUUGCUUCAAGGCGAAAAUGGGCAAAUUGAAAUGGUAGCCAUUGAAUGGUCGUUGUACGGAGAAGAAAAAGAAGAAAGUCGCGACAAUUCAAUCCGAAACUGCCUCGGUGUAAAUUUCAACAGAGCCGCUGUCGAAACGAGCAAUCGCGGCUGAACAACAUUUCAGCACAUUCGUAGCACAUUUCGGGUAUUUGGGCGACUGAAAUGAGGAACAAGCGGCACAUAUGUGUCGACGUGCUCUUUCGCCGGGAUCGAAAUAGUUGACACCUUCAUUGAUGCACAUUGCAACACGCCGACGUCACGCGGCCGCACUCGAACGCAGCACGCCUUUUAUACACAGCCACAACAGCGCAUCGUCGAGUGUGACACGCGUCAUGCGUGACACGGCACGUGCCGCGCGGCGCCUUUUGGUGCAGCUCGCGUCGCGCCGCGCCGCGCCGCGCCGCGGUAUUUGGAUCGGAACCGACGAGUCGUCUCGUCGGGCUGCACGGGGGGGAAAUGUUCCCGCAGGGCGCCAUUCAUCAUUGCAUGGAAAGCAAUGUUAGGACGGAGAAGCCGAAGAGGUAUGUUUCCAGCUCAAGACAAAAUAACAUAACAACGACAGUCAUUGAGCUGCAGCAUCCGGCAAACUACCUGACAAAGUUCUCCAUCGAAUCGAAAUUGCCUGACGUCAAACAGCAUGUCAGGAAUGUUUUUUGUACCAGCGCUGCAAAGAAGCCGCUGGUGCCGGCGGGGGCAUUUCUGCUCCCCGCCGGCCUCCCGGCAAAAAGGAUGUUCGCAGCCGUGCCGAAGGCGUCCAAGCCGCCCCUGUGUAUCGUUGACACCAACAAGGGACACAAGGAGUUUCAUAAUAAAUUCUCAGGCCUCGUCCCUGUGUACAUCAGGAAAAAGGAUUAUGGAGAGGUGCCAGCGUACCUGCUGCGACGCAAAGGGAAGUGUCCGAAGGCUGCGGAGGAGAGCGGUAUUAUUGAGGUGACAAAUCCGGUUUUGUCACCGCCGGAGGAGCCCGAAAUAGAAAACCUUACAGACGAGGAGUGUCGCGAAAUCAUUGAGGACCUGAAGAAGAAAUUUGUAAAGCUGAAUACGGCCUACCAGCGCCUCCCGUUUGUCAUCGACACGCCGUCGUUGAAGAACCGUAAGAUGCGACUGGAGGGGGAUAUGCAACAGGUGGAGAACGACAUCCAACUCCUUGAAACCUUGGUGUCCAACAAGUAACGGAUGUGCAGAUGCACCGUGUCUGCUCCAAAACAAACUCAUCAAAAGUCAGUCGGAGGCGCGCCCUGCCUGGGCCCGGGGGAUAUCGACCCCCAUCCCCCCCAUACCCCCCCCCCCGCGUCGCCUCUGGGCGCAUCUCUCAUAACUGCGUGUUGUUUGAAAUGUUAGAACUUCAGUUCAAAUGUGCCGCAUGUGUCCUCACCUUGACCUUUUAAAACCUCAGUCCUAAUCCGAUCUGAUAGCGACGGGCCGCUCGCAAUGACCACACGGAGGACUCGGUUGCAGUCAUGUUUAGGAUCGGUACAAACGGGUUUAUUAUAAGUGAACAUCAAAUGCUUUGUCGAGUCAAUAAAGUUUGCUUUUACUGUGCUUAUUUGUUCUUAAUGAAGCAGGGCUUGCGUUUGACCGUAGCUCCCCUUCGUUCCGAUUUAGGACCAUCGGACGCUUCCGACCUUGUUGUAAUAGUUUGGGGAGGCCCCUUUUCCGUUCCCGCGUGACUGCACAAAGUCAGGCCCGUAAAGGCUCGCGUCGACGGAGACCCCGCCGAACAUCUUUUGGGUGACGAGUAAAGUCUUCGCAGAAGGGUGGGAGCCGUUAGUGGUUCAUUUGGAAGGAGUCGGGCUUUGGAAUCGGAGACUCACUGGCCAAAAGGACAGCAAAAACGCAACGAGUUGUUUGAGACGGGCUCGUCUACUUCCUGACGACUGUUGAAGUGCGCUUGAUUGAGAGACUGUCCUCGGUUGUAGAUGAUGCGCAACACGACCGCGCGUGUCAAAUACAACAAAGUCGGAGGCUUUCGGGCCCCCUGGAAUUGGCUUCGCAACACCACUGAGGCAAAUCGUCUUUUCGGUUCAACCUGAAGGUUUUUACUUCAUGGAAACCAUUUCUCAGUGUUGGAAUAAGCU